AUGGAAGUCCACAAACUUCAUAAGAUCCCUCUUGAGAAUUCUAGGUUGACUGUCAGGAACCUCUAUUCCAAUCAUGGUUUGCUCUGUCUUGAAAUCGUUAAUAAGUGUCAUUCCCUUUUCUUGUAUAAUCCGGCGACUAGAGAAGUCAAACAAGUGUCCCGACGCCUUGAAAGAUUUACGGGUACAGUGUUCGAUGUAGGAUUUGGGUUCAAUCCAAUUCUUAAUGACCACAACAUAGUGAGGCUCUUUGUUUCUGGGUAUGAUGAAAUGGUUAAUAAGGUGGAGGUGAAUUCAUUAAAUAUGGGAUCAUGGAAGGAGGUAGAGGUUGGGAACUUACGGGUUGUGAAACUUAAACAUGGUGAAAGUUUUAGUGCUAAUGGAGCUAUCUUUUGGUUUGGGUAUACAGUAAAGCAUAAAGUAUAUAAUGGGAAGAAGUGUGAAAUUGCUGGAAGAGUCUGGAUAGUUUCAUUUGACGUGGCAAAGGAAGCAUCCACUUUGAUACCAAUGCCUGCUGAAAUACGCUAUAAAGAUGGUGUUAGUUCUGCUGUGUAUGAGUACAAGCUUGCCAUUCUUUAUCCCACUGCUAUUGAAAACUCUGAAACUUCAUCAAUUGAUUUGUGGGUGAUGGAGGAAGGUACAGGUGCAUCAGGGGAGAAAUGGACUUGGACUAAGAAAUAUACUACCAGUCCUUUUCCGCGCCGAUAUCCAUGGAAGUUAUGUCCGCAAACUAUUGGAGGAAUAAAAUGA